AUGGAACUUUCCACUUCAAACAAUCAAACCUGCGAAGGCGGUACGACAAGAUACACGCUUGAUGCUUUGCAAUCAACAGAUGGACGAUCGAAACGUAGGAAAGAAAUGAGCACUGAUAAGGAGACUUCAGCCACAGGCAGGUUAAUUUGUAGUCAAUGUGGUAAGUCAUAUGCGACAACUUCCAACUUAUCACGACAUAAGCAAACCCAUCGACCUCUGGAUAGUCCCUAUGCGAAGCAAUGCCCCAGCUGUGAUCGGGUCUAUGUUAGCAUGCCUGCGCUCAGCAUGCACAUGUUGACUCACAAAGCAACACAUAAAUGCGCGCAAUGUGGUAAAACAUUCUCACGACCAUGGCUUCUGCAAGGUCAUAUGCGUGCUCAUACAGGUCAAAAACCGUACGGUUGUGCGCAUUGCGGAAAGGCUUUUGCUGAUCGUAGCAAUCUUCGUGCUCAUAUGCAUACUCAUUCCGGUAUCAAAAAGUAUAAAUGUCCUGGUUGCGGGAAAUCGUUUGCCUUGAAAAGUUAUUUGAACAAACACAUCGAACUGGUAUGUCCUAUACAACGUGUGCUACGUAAUCAGCGUGUGGCAUCGUCACGAACGUUAUUAACAACAACAUUGGAAUCAACAUCAAGGAUCAAUACAACAUGA